GAGCCCGGGCAGCGGCCCCUCGUCCUUCAGCCCCCUCGUCCGGUGAAGGGACAGCUUUCUGCCUCUCAGGAUGUCUGACGGUGAACCGGCAGGAACCAAACUAGCCUCGGUGGACUUCGAGAUCUACGGUCACGUUCAGGGAGUCUGUUUCAGAAUGUACACAGAGAAGGAGGGUCUGCGGCUCGGCCUGGUGGGCUGGGUGAAGAACACCUUCCGUGGGACGGUGGUGGGGCAGGUCCAGGGUCCUGCCGACAUGGUGGAGGAGAUGAAGGUGUGGUUGAGUAAAGAAGGAAGUCCAACCUCUCGGAUCACCAGAGCCUCCUUCAGCAAUCAGAGGAGCAUCGACAAGCUGGAGCUGUCCGGCUUCAAGACUCGCUUCUGACCGGCGAGUCGGACCGACCCCGGAGGGCGCAGAGACCCUCAGAGCCGCCUGGUGUUCAGAGCUGUGCAGGAACUCACCGUAGAUCAGAGAUUAGACCUCAUGUCGAUGCUCCUGUGAACCGUACCGACGAAGACUGCAGCUGGAGUCGGUCUGUAGGAGGACUCAGGAGUCCAGUCCCUCUGGAUGAGAGCAGCUGUUAGUUGCUGUUAGUCUGGUACGAUUUCAUUCACAAUAAAAGAAAAAUCCCACCGCAGUGUUUCCAGCUGUAGAGCAGGUUCAUCACUGCCGUCACAGCGUCUUCACACUUUGUUAGAAUGAUAACAACAACAAUACACCUUCUUUCUGUAGCACCUUUCAUAACAAAAAUGUAGCUUUACAAUAAAAAGAAGACCAAUAAUAAAGAUGGAGCAAGAAUCACUGUAAGAAACACGAUGAAGAACAAGAGCGACGUCACAACAGCAGUAAAAACAAGAUAAAAAUAAGUACAGAAGUCUGACAUGAGAUGUGUGUAAUAGAAUAAACUAGAGUUCAUAGAAUGCAUCGAAGGCCUGUUCAGGAAGUCAGAGCUCGUUAAAAGAAACGCUUCUUUUAAAAAUCCUCAGCGAGCUGCGUCCUGGUGUCUGCAGGUGUUCCUGAGCUGCAGCCUUGAUUUUCUUUCAGCUUCAAACCUCCAACAAAGCAGCAGCAGAUCGUUACAGCAAAGAAGUCGGCUAGAAAUAAAGGCACGAGUCAGCUUUUCAGCUUCGCUUUGAUUUAUAAAUGCUCGCACUUUAGCUGUUUCUAAGGUGGGAAGACGAAGUUUCCCUCACCUUGUUGAUGUCUUAGAUCUGAGUCCAGGAGAACAACAAGAUUUGUAACCUAAAUUUAAU